AUGCCGCGAGUCACAUACACCCAAGCAUGGGGGACUGGAAAGAGGUUAUGUUCCGCUUUGCUGACGUUGAUACCAUCCGAGUCAUUUACAACAGAAAAGUGGGCCGCACCAAACAAAGACAAGGAGGAAUUCGACAAGUUCUUGAUGGGAAAGUCUAUGAAUGUGGGAAAAAACGUGAAUGGAUUUUAUAAGUACAGUCCAGCAGAUAAGAAAAGAAAUCCCAGCGUGGGUUUUGUCACCAUAUCUACUUUGUACUUUGAUUCAAGCAAUGGGAUCUCAGAAGGUCAUAGUGGCACGGAUAAGUGGCUUGACAUGUGGAGAGGUGCUGACGGCUCAAACAAAUACAUUUACAGUGAUGACAGCAGGGCGCGGGGCAACAAAUGUAUCGCGGGCUACUGUUAUCUGAAGAAGCCAAUCUGGGUGAUGGUGCGCUAGCCUGAAAACCAUCAAGCCAAUACACGAACUGCUGAUUACGAGAGAAAGAAUUAGAUACUUCGGAGUUAAAUGCCGAUAAUAAAGUACGUUUUAAAAGAGAGGAAAUGAUGGAGUAUCAAAAGUUCCGACAAUGUUGUCAAGAUUAAAACGACUUGAUGAUUAGUCCAGUUCGCAUAAAAUAAAACUUAAAAAGUGUUGGCGAUUUGGCUGUGUGUUGUUUAUUUGUCGAUUGUUUGUUAUUUGGUUUUUUUUUCAGAGCAAUCCUUUUGUUCCUUGGGUAAGGGUGAAAUAAGCAAGGACUAGAUUCUAGCCUGCGUAGAAAGCUUUUCUGUUUGGUUUCGGAGCAAAGAAAGACCGAGGAACGGAUUUUUCGGUUUUGGCCGCGCGAGAAAUGGAACGAGAGACAUAAUGAGAAAGGGUACUUCCUUACUUUUCUUCCCCACCCCCUCCCCGCUCUUUUACUAGCGCCAUUUUUCGCGCGGUCUUUUCUUUCCUCGUUCUUUGCUCCCAAACCGCACGUAGACGCUUGCUACGCAAGCUGACUAGAUUCAGUUUCACUUUACCUAUCCGCGAAGUUAUUCAGUCGAUCAGAAAUAUUCUCAAAAAUGCAGAACUGAGGUCAUUAAAGGUUCUUACAAUUUACGAUGCUGACUGCGUCAAUUAAUGAGAAAUUUGUUGUUUUCAGCCUCAAAAGAGAGUAGCCUCGGUUGUUCAUAUUUCUUUUCCAGUUUUUCAAAAUACCUCAACAGACACCGGAAAAGUUUUUCUUUCUAAUAUUCAAGACGAAAAGACAAUUUUAAAACCACUAGGCAUAACAUCAUCGCAUUGUAGCACCGUGUGUUACAUAUUCUUAAGUUAUAACAUACUGAAUCAGAAAGCCGGUAGGCAAAGCUUAUCCUAUAUCUUAAUCUCAUUUUAGUUCAAGAUCAUUGCAUGAAGGGAAUUGUUUGAAGUGCGGGUUUAUGACCGAUGAAAGGAGAUGCACUUGAUUGUGGUCUUUUUAUAUUCCUCCAACCGCACAAGAUACGAAUCGUUAAAAAGAACUUGGUAUAAGCAGGACAACCGAAAAGGCUGAUAAGAGGGAUUAUUUUUUAAUGCCUUUAAAAUAUUAAUUGAAGUGAUCGUGGAGUUAUCCGUUGUUGCGGGGCUAAUAUUGGUAGGUCUAUACUCGUCUUGACACAAAAUGCUUAUUGACCAACAACCUUAUCUGAUCGUCUAUAGUAGAUAGACCUUGUCGUCAUGGUAGUAAACGAAACCUUUGAAAAAGUGGGAGUUCUAUUGGUCCAAUUCCCUUGAUCAUAUAACUCCAUUGAUAUGAUAACUUGGCCUUACGCGGAUCCAUUUUUUCACUUGCUUUUUGAAGCUGGGUCAGGUUAACAUGCUUGAAAUGGCCGUUUUUUUGACAAUAAUGAGUUUUCCCAUAAGAAUGAAAACUCGGAGAAAACGACCUGUUCUCAAGGGACGAAGAAAAAGAAAUGCUUUUUAGUAAAGUUUAAAUUGUUUAGCCUUGUUGUCAUGGAGGCGAUCCAUAAAGUUUAAACUCCUGUUAACAAGCCCAUAUAAAAUGGCCAUUUAAAUCACGCCUCUUGGCUCCUCAUCAGUAACAGCUUUGUAAUUUGCUAAUUAAACUUCAGUAUUUUAAAUAAUACAUUUCAGAGUUACACAGUCAAUAAUCAGAUAGGGGUUAGUGGAUGGCUAGGAUGAUGAAGUCCUAGUCUCCUCGGAUAAAUCACGAUGAUUCCGAACAUCUUUGUACUGUGAAGGCUGAAGGUUUUCUUGAGCUUAUUGUCAAUCAGACAAGAUAUUAGACGCUAGGUAGCUGCUGCUGAGUGGAGCGUACUAACCAGUUGGCUCAUGAUCAGUAAGAUUGUUCCACUGGAAUGUUUUCCACGACAGUCCAUGGACAUUUAUAUAAUCGUCAUUGUAAAAUUUAGGUCUUUACAUAUUUUUUGAUCACGUGAUUAGUCACGUGACAGACAUUACACGUACGGAAGAAAAUGACCCAGAGAUAUUAUAUAUUCAGAGAAAGUUUCUUCCUUCGAGGCACUUCUAUUCUCUUAAGCAACCCAGCAAAAGAUAUUGCAGACAAUCUCAUUUCUUUCUAGAUAAAUUUUUGAGCUAGCCGUCAUUUUUUGUCAUAUUGUUCCUUCCAAAAUAUGCCACGACUGUGGUGAACAGCUUUCCUCUUCUGUCUCCCUCUUGGGCUGCUAUGGGAUCAGGAGUGACGUGAUCAUGACUUACUUUGUGUGAAACAGAAGUGUUUUAGACCUGUGCGCCAAAAGAAUAGUUGAAUAGAAUAGCUCCAGGGUGAGUUACAGUAUUUUCUUAUUUGACUGCCAAGAAAAGAUCACCGAUAAUGAUCACAAUAAAAUGUCGUAUAGGGAAGGUAGUCGCUUAUGGUGAUUAGCAGAUAGAAAGAAAGGUUCCAAAGCAAAUUAGCAAAUUAAAGAUAAGUUGGGAACGAUUGAUGCAAAAUAAAAUACAAAUCUUUUUCUUACUCUCUCGUUUUUACAUCAAUGUAUUUUUCGGUAAGGGUAGGGUGGCAUAUUCUUACGGUAUUUCCAACUACUCUCCUUUUGAUGCUGAUCAAGGGAAGCUCAGUGUUCUUCUUUAACUGCGCCUUACAAAAGUCUCCGUAAAAAUUGAAUUGUGUAUAAGUGUACUUUAAGGGUUUGCUACACUUUUUAUUCCUCAUUUUAUAUUGCUGAUUUGUAUUCCGGUAUGAUCAAAGGUUUUCCGCCGGCAGGGGCAGUCAAGUAUGACAGUGAAUUAAAUCUGCAUUGAAAAUAGCAUACGUAAUGUGCAAAUUAAAAUUUCGAUGGUCUCGCCGCUUUUUCUUGUUUAGAAAAAAAAACAUCUUCCCAUCCAUAUUAAACUCGCCAUUUUCUACUGAAAACCAAAGGAGAGUGAGCUAAAAAUGCUUCGCUUGGUUAUUCCGUUGUUUCUUGUUCUCAUCUUGCGUUCCUUCGCAAGCCAGAAAAAAUCUUCAAGCAAUGCAAGUUUGGCUUGUUUAGUUCUAUUCCUUUAUGCAUCAAAUAAUCUGGUCUAAUUUAAAAAGGACGAAAGAAGAUAAACUAUGACAAUGCCACUUAAAUCACUAAAAUUCACUGACUAAUACCUCGCGGUUUUCUUCUUCAGGGAACAGAGAAAAACCACUGUUGUAACUCGUGUCGCGACGGUAAGCUGAAGACAUUAGGUGAAUCCCGAUUUUUUUUUUCUGCACAUGUUAUUCUGACAUUUUUCAUUUUUUGCUAGGACGGGACGGAAGAGAUGGUCAGAACGGUAAGAUAACACAUCGCACAUUUCAAUAUAACCAUGUUUUCAUUAACUGACACAAUGUUGACGAUUCAAGACCCAGACUCACACCUUCUGCCCAUGGAAUAGUAGAUUGCUGGCACGAAAUACUGCCAUAGGAACUUAAAUUAGCCAUGUAGUUACGUUCCACAUUACAACUGGGCGAAUUCAUCUGAAAAAAAUAUGAGAAGUUCUAACUGUCGAAAGUCGAAAAGCGAGAUGGUGUAGAACAAUAAAUGAAGUAUUAAACGGGAGAUCAAUAUCACUGACGUGGCAUUCAAAAUUGUUGUCUUCCGCUUUCUUUGCGUGCGUUUUCUCUUUCUCUUUUUUACUCAUCAGGCAUUCAAUUAUUUUAUUUUUUCACACCCAAGGAAAGGAUGGCCGUGAUGGAAGAGACGGGAUCAACAGAAACGGAAUGAAGGUAAAAAUAUUAAAAAGGAAUAAAGUUUUUUCUGCCAUGUCAAAUUGAUGGUAAAUUAUUUCUUGGAUCAAAGAUGAAUAAGCCAGAACACGGGACUAAAGGCUAAGAUUAUUCAAGUUCCCUGUAAUCCGAGAUGUGAGCUGCCUAAGAAACAUUCUCUAAAAAACCCCGUUUGUUUAACCCCAGAGUCUAUUUUCUGUAGUAAAAGGGAGGGACACAGUACCACCUUACAAAAAAUGACCUUAGUCUGCUCUUAUCAUUAGUUACAUAAGAAGAAGAAUCCCGUUUAAAAUCUGACGAAAUCUCAGCGGUAAGGGCCAGUCGUAAGUAAAAGGAUUACAGAGAAGGAGAUCUGAGUCUUCAAGUUUCCCCAACCCUAGAUUGGUUUUAAGAAUAGCUAAGGACUUGUUUGUUUUUCAGGGUCAAAAAGGAGAACGUGGUUCAACAGAAAACAACGCAGGGGGCGUAAUUAAGUUUAGCGAUACCGCUGAGAAAUGUACCUCGAGCAUCGCCGGCACUGUUAGCUACAGUACUUCCCAGAAAUCCUUGCAACUCUGUGAUGGAAGCCAUUGGCUGCCAGUGUUGGCUGUUAGAAAAGGUUACACAGCGGAUAGACCAGGCCGCCAUUGUUUGGAUAUUUUAAAUUCUGGUAAGCUUAAAUUGUGAUAACUAAAAAGAAUCCAUAAGAGACUGAGGAAAGUAAUGAUGGUUAUAGAGAGUGCUGGGAAAUAGCUGGCCUGCAAUGCAGGCGUAUAUAUUGGGAGCGAGUGAAAGUUGCGUUUUAAAGCUUGUAAUGUCGCGGCCGCCAUCUUUGAUCCUAUUUACAGAGGACGAUUGCGGAGAGUAGAAAUAAAAACCCUUGGGGUAGGCGUAAGGGUGAAAGAAAAAGAAAAGCAUGGGCUUGGGUACUGGGGAAAAACUGUCAUCCAAAGACUUUUUUCGUAAAUAGGCCUACCAAAGUUCAUGUUAUUAAUUAUAAUUAUAUAAACAAUAAGUAGAAUAAUAUUCAUUGUUCAAUAUAUUUAUGAUCAGGCCAAAGUCAUGGCAGCGGCCUUUACUGGAUUGAUCCAAACGGUGGCUCGACAGCUGACUCGUUCCAAGCCUUUUGCGACAUGGAAACUGAGCGUGGAGGUUGGACCCUGGUUGCCACCAAAGUAUCCCCAGGCUUCCCCUUCAUAAAGACUGUUUUCUCACCAGCGGCCGCUGCAACUAAGAACACAGAUGCCGCGAGUCACAUACAUCCAAGCAUGGGGAACUGGAAAGAGGUUAUGUUCCGCUUUGCUGACGUUGAUACCAUCCGACUUAUUUACAACAGAAAAGCGGGCGCACCAAACAAAGACAAGGAGGAAUUCGACAAGUUCUUGAUGGGGAAGUCCAUGCAGUUGAUAAAGCGCGUGAAUGGAUUUUACAAGUACAGUCCAGCAGAAAACAAAAGAAAUCCCAGCGUGGGGUUUGCCACCAUAUCCUCUUUCCACUUCUAUUCAAACGCUGGGAUCUCAGAAGCUCACAUUGGCACGGAUAAGUGGCUUGACAUGUGGCAUGGUGCUGAGGGCUCAAACAACUACAUCUACAGCGAUAACAGCAGGGCGCGGGGCACCAAAUGUAUCGCGGGCUACUGUUAUCUGAACAAGCCAAUCUGGGUGAUGGUGCGCUAG